GCGAUCGUCGUCGUCGUCAAACGUGUUUCCCUCUCUGCUCUCUUCCAAUCGAGUCGCUGCUGACUCUCUCUCUCUCUCUCAUGCUCCCUCCUCCUCCUUGCGGCGGAGGUCUUCUUGAGGUCGCUCGCCGCUACGGAGGAGGGGCAAUUCUUGCUAUCUCCGCCCGGCAAUCGGUCCCCUUGUUCGGAUGCCGAGAAGAUCGCUGGUAAUUGCGAAAGUGGUGGUGGGGCACCGGUUAUCGUGAGGCCUUGUCUGGCGGAGCCAGCCACGGAGAUCGAGAAGAAUUUAAGAGCACGAGGCUUCGGGAGUCGCCUGCAGUACACACAUACAGGGGAUUUCGUUCUAGCUGGUGUUGGAGUAGGAUGAGGCUGAUGGAUCCUACUCUAAGCCUGAGGCUUGCUAUUUUGCUGAUUCUUCUUGCAUUGGCUAAUGCUUCCCCUCACAAAAGGGAUUUUGGGCAUUGUGAGAAUGUAGUGAAGAAGUGGGCUUCUUCUGCACCUAGUCUAGAAGUUAAAGAAGACAAACACACCCUGCGAGACUUGCUGUUCUUUCUCCAUGUUCCAAGAACAGGAGGACGUACGUACUUUCACUGUUUCCUGAGGAAGUUGUAUCCUAGUGCUCUGGAAUGCCCUCGCUCUUAUGAUAAAUUGAGGUUUGAUCCCAGGACGCCAAAGUGCAGGUUGUUGGUCACUCAUGAUGACUAUAGCAUGAUGUCAAAACUUCCUAAGGAUAGAACAUCAGUGGUGACCAUAAUAAGAGACCCAGUCGAUCGUGUUUUCAGUACAUAUGAAUUCUCGGUGGAGGUAGCAGCUAGAUUUUUGGUGCACCCUAAUUUAACAUCUGCCACAAGAAUGGCUGGGCGCUUGCGCAAGACUAAAGGAUAUGCAGUUAGUACACUGGAUAUAUGGCCAUGGAAGUAUCUAGUUCCUUGGAUGAGAGAAGACCUAUUUGCAAGGAGAGAUGCGAGAAGGCAUAGUGGAUCCAGGGAUAUCUAUGGCAGCGACCCCUACAAUAUGGAGGACAUGGUAAUGCCAUUGCAUAAGUAUAUCAACGACCCUAUUGCUCGAGAUAUAAUUCACAAUGGUCUCACGUUUCAGAUUGCAGGGUUAACUAAUAAUUCCUAUUUUGCGGAGUCACAUGAAGUGCGUCACUGUGUUAUGCAGCACGAAGAACUGGGUGAACUUGUCCUUGAAGUUGCAAAGAGGAGAUUGAACCAUAUGCUGUACGUUGGUCUCACCGAGGACCAUAGGGAAUCUGCAACAAUGUUUGCAGAUGUGGUUGGUGCGCAAGUAAUUUCUCAAUUGAGAGGAUCUAGCUCUGAUGUGCAGACUGCGGCAACAAAUAAAUUAGAACAGAGCUCCUUGUCAGACAGCGAGCCUGAUGACGAACACAGUCAGAAUGCCACUUUGGAAUUUGAGGUUUCUAUGAAGGAAAUUAGUGAAGCAAGUAAAGAAAAUAUGACAGUGGGAGAACUUAUGGAAUCUUAUGAACGUUGCACAUCUACUUUGAGGAAGUCCCAGUCUCUCCGCCGCAUCUCUUCCUUGAAGAAAAUCUCCCCUGCGAAUUUUACGAAAGGGUCACGUCGUCAGGUCGGUGAAGCGGUUCUUCAGGAGAUAAAAUCACUGAAUAAUCUUGAUUUGGAGCUCUAUGAGUAUGCUAAGGAUAUUUUUGCUCAGGAACAUAGACGGUCCACCCAAAAGUCCGUUGUUACAGAGAAAUUAGAGGACAUGAUAACCAGUUCAUAUGGCACUUCACUUUGGAACCGCGUUUUCUUAUUCUUGCCCAUCAUAUUGCUCCUCGUAUUCUUUAUUCUUUUUGUAAAUGCUAGGAGAAGAACAUCAAAAGUGAAGAUAUGAAUGUAAUUGCUUCCCAAAAAUUAUUACAGAUCGCAAGGUCUAAAGUCUCUCUGGGUGGUAGAGAGAGAUUAAUUUUGAUACGGCGACAAUGCGGUACAUGUUGACAUGCCUCCGGUCUGAAAAAGAAGAAGAAGAGGUUCUUGAGAUGAUACUUACUUUAUUUUUCUGAUAGGAAGGAGUCCUUUUAAUUCCUCUUUGCUUCUAAAUGUAGCCUUCACUUUGUUUCUCAAUUUGUUUGUUAAACCCCCUUUCAGGUUGAAUUGAUAGUCACUGAUCUAUAGUAUGAUAUGAGGCUAAUGCAUUUAUUAGCAUUCCGUGAGCCA